AGCAGCUUGACACUUCCGGGUCGACGGAGUCCCGAGCGGUGUGUGUGUGUGUAUAUGAGAGAGCAGUGUCUGUUGUUAUUAUUACAUCUGCGAACUGUUGUUCACAUCUGUGACUGCAAAAAAGACUCUUGAAUCGAAACCCGGAAGAGACAACAUGGCGACCACCAUCAGUACUCAGCGGGGACAGGUGUUUAUUGGGGAGCUUCCCCAGGACUUCCUGCGGAUCACUCCCACCCAGCAGCAGCAGCAGGUCCAGCUGGAUGCCCAGGCAGCCAGGCAGCUACAGUACGGAGGCUCAAUGGGCACCGUAGGGCGACUCAGCAUCACUGUGGUCCAGGCCAAGCUGGCUAAAAACUAUGGAAUGACACGGAUGGAUCCGUACUGCAGGAUCCGACUGGGCUAUGCAGUCUACGAGACACCCACCGCUCACAACGGCGCCAAGAACCCACGCUGGAACAAGGUGGUCCAGUGCACGGUGCCUCCGGGGGUGGACUCCUUCUAUCUGGAGAUCUUUGAUGAGAGAGCGUUCUCCAUGGACGACAGGAUAGCAUGGACCCAUGUCACCGUCCCUGAGGGCCUGAGGGAUGGCAGCGUGGUGGACGAGUGGUUCACCCUCAGCGGCAGGCAGGGCGACGACAAGGAGGGCAUGAUCAACCUUGUCAUGUCUUUCGCUUCGUUACCAGCAGGGAUGAUGACUCAGCCUGUCGUCCUGAUGCCCUCUGUGUAUCAGCAAGGAGUGGGAUAUGUGCCCAUCGCAGGUGUGCCUACAGUCUACAACCAGGGUAUGGUGCCCAUGGCAAUUCCAGGAACCAUUCCGGCCGUUGCGAGCCAGGCGCCGGUGUGCAGCGAGGAGGACCUGAAGGCUCUGCAGGACAUGUUCCCCAACCUGGACAAGGAGGUGGUUCGCACCGUGCUCGACGCACAGCAGGGCGACAAGGACGCCGCCAUCAACUCGCUGCUGCAGAUGGCUGAGGAGCUCUAACGGCAGAGCACAAGCUCACAGUGGACAUCCCAACACACACAUAUACGUAUGCAUGCAGCCCUCUCUCACACACGCACACACGCACACCAGCUCCACCAGCUGGUACACACAGAGAUCUGUUUCCUCCCCCCUCGUCGGCUCAUUUUGGGGCCGACAGUACCCGAAGCCUGGGCUUGCUCGGCUAACACUCAGCUAUUGGUCACUGGAUCCUCAAAGCAUCAAAACUGUGUUGACAUUUAGUUCCAAGAAGUCACUGGUUUGAGGUGAUAUCAGUAGCAGAUGUACUGUAUUUGAGAAGUUAAUGAAGUAAUGACCCGAUCGUAUCACAGCAGAGGCUCAAACUAAAUAUUGAACUGGCAGUAGUGUGACUUGAUGUUAAUUGUAAAUCCUACUGGCACAAAUCAUUUUGUAUAUCUUGUUUUGUUUCAGUGUCACAAUCUCACCGUAUCCAUAGUAACCCAGUCUGUAUCCCCCCUCUGAUCCCACAGUUUGAUUUGCACAGAGUUAAUUUCAUGUUGAUGUUGUCGUUACUAGAGUGUGGACAACCUGCCUGUAGUAACCUGCAGUGAAAUGCUUCUGUUUCAUAUGUACCUGUAAAAUGUCUAGUGCAUUCAAAAUCUGAUAAAUUAUUAUGAAAGUGUUUAAUUAUAAUGAAUUCUCCACGGUGAUGAAAGAAUCGAGAACGAACACAUGACCUGAGGCAUUUGAGGUGCAGGAGAACAUAACCACUUAACGCUGAGUCAUCUUUUAAAAUUCCCUUGUAAAGUUUUGAUGGAACCAAUUUUCUGUCAGUGAAGUGCGGAUGCGAAGACUCAACGUUAUAAAGUAAUAACCAUGUGGAGUCACCUUGAAAAGAAAAGUAAAGUAAGUGUAAAGAUGCAGCCAGAGUAUGAUGAGGUGUCACUUUGAAGCUCAGCAGGAUGCAGAGCUUUUGAGACCAAGAUUACAGUGACCACACUUGGUCCACAGAGGCAGACUCGUAACAUUUGUUAUUUAGUGCCACCUUCAUGUCAAAGUUUCUACAUGACGAAGGAACAACAAGCAGAGCUUUCAAUUCUUUAGUCUUCAUCACAGUAUUUUAAUGUGUUGUAGUUCCUAAAGCUUCCUUAUUGACACUUGUGGUUUGUAAAUGUCUGCCAAAGGUUUCUGCCUUGUGACUUUUCACUUGUGGUUCCAAAACAAUCGCCGUUGAGAUUCUUAAAAAAGUGUUGCAGUCA